AUGCUGUACCAUACAGUUUUGCCUACAACUGCUUGUAGCUUCAUUCUAGCUGUGAAUGCUCUGUUCCUCUCCUUUUCACCCCUGAAGAUUCGCGAACAUGCAGGAUUGAGCUGUGCGAGGCAUAGCACUCCCCACAUGGUAGGCGAAGGAGGAUGUGGGUCUGAUGGUUCUACCCACCGAGGCGGGUGGACAUGUGUUCCAGGAUAUCAGAGCUUGCGGCUGACCAACCCACACGUCCACAGGCAGCCCUCCCACAUGGCUGUGUCGACAUUUUGGGUUUCGUUGAAGGUUUUAACUGGUACAGACUUUACAAAGGCAAAAUUAUUUCUCAAGGAAGUGGACAUGAAAGAUCUCUAA